UUUAUUGUAAAUAUAUUUCUCUUAUUUAUAAACUCUAUGAUAUCCAAAUCCAAUUCUAGUAACAUGCAAUUCCACACUACACUUUGUAGACGCAGCUCACCCAGCAUCAACGAAGGUUUAUCCUCCGCAGGUACUGGAAUUCUGGACGAAGCGGAGCGCGUGGGGAUGAAGCGUGUCACAACCUUGUGUGUUCAUGUUAUCGUUCAACGCGCAGGGUGGGUUAGUGAACCAGUUUCCGAUUUUGAUAAAGUGGAUGGGGAGGGUUUGCACAAGCAGCUGGCGGAGGAGAUCAGGAGCGUUGUUGCAGCAUGUAGUUGGGGACCAUUGUUUUCAGCCAAGCUGGAGUGCUCUUCAGUCAUGGAUUAAGAUUAGCUAUAUAUUGGUCAUGGCUUUAGGCAUAUAUUAUAUGGGGAUUACUAUUCACCCAAAUCCAUUUGUUAUUGGUCCCUAUUAAGGGGUUCACACUAUUUCUUUCCCCAGAUACCCUUUUCACAUAGAUAUGAGUAUAUUGUAUAAUUGUGCAACAAAUUGUUUACUGAAGGGUGCAAAUAAAAAAUAAGCAACAGAAACAUAAUUAUGCUAUAUAAUUGUACAACAAAAUCGUGUUUUCUUUGUUUUUUUUUUAAAAAAAAGGUGUGAGAAAAAAUAAUAAAAGCAUGAUUCCAUUGAA